AUGUCUCUCACCGACUCUGAACUCGAGAUGGUCAGCUUGCACCUACAGCGAGAGAACGACGACAUACCCGAAGAGCCAGACAUGAUCCUGUCAGACGACGCUGGGAACGGCCAGUCCUUUGCGCCUCCACCACGAAUCGCCGCUCGCUUCUAUCGAUACGCAAACAACCGCCGCAAGUCGUCUGCUGCAUCCUCGCGCCGCAACUCGCUGUCCUCGACCCACUCGCACACGUCGAGUCGCUCUUUCCGCAACAACGCCUGCCAGAGCCACCACAUCGCCCAGCACCUUCGCCGUACAUCCAUUCUCGAGAGCCGCAAAGCACGACUGGCAGACAGAGCAGCACACGCCGAGCAAGUGCGGUUGCGUGCUGCGCUGGCGAAGGCAGCCCCACGUAUCUCCAACUGUGAAGAGCGCGCGUUGGCUGCCCAGCAGGCCCGGGAGCGACACCUUGCACAGGUGGCAGCAUCGUGUGCUGAGGAAGUCAGGAGAGCCAAAAAGGUCGCAGAGGACAUGAAGGAGCGCAAGGCCGCCGACGAACGCAGAUAUCGCUUGGAAAUGGAAGAGAAGCUAGCAGAUGCUGAGAAGAGGCGACUCGAGUACAAGCGCAACCCCCGAAGGCCGAGGACUGCCAGCUCGCCUCCAGCUGACGCCAAGAACCCUCUUGCGCGGCCAACGGUUUCUUCAGAAGAUGCUGCCAAGCGCAUCCAGUCUGCGUGGAGAGCCAGAGCUAGGAAGAACAUUGUCGAUGCGUGGUUCGAGCUCGGCCUCUCCAUAGAAGAGAUACGCGACACCAGUUUCGAGGACAUCACAGCUCUGCUCGCCGCUGAAAACCUGCUCAAGACGACCGAGAAGAUCAUGACGCUGUUCGUCUUACUCCCAGACCAAGACCCAGCGUCCCGCAACACAACCGUCAGAACCUUUCUUUCCACAUACCUCAUUUUGGGACAUCCUGCGCACGUUUUCAGCCGGGACGGCGCCCAGGAGCAGGAUCUUAUCAACAAGGCCAAGGAUUUGAUCAUUUCAUUCGAGUCCGCCUUGGGAAAGCUCACAACUUUCAACUACUACACUCCAUCACCUACGCGGACAGAGACCGUGUUGUUGGCUCAUAGCGCUUUUGUUGCUGCUUUUAACGACUGGAAAGCUCGUGAUUCCUCAGCUCUAGUUGAAACUAUGGUCGCGUCUUUUGUUAGUCUCGACACGAUAUGGCAGAGCGUCAAAGACGAAACGGUCGACGAGGUCGCGAAUGAGUAUAGGAACGGCAUUAGGGACAACCAGGCCAUUCUGCUCAGCAAGAUUAAAAAACUGGCUGGGCCUGACAAAGCUCUGACCUUGAUUCGUAAGGCCAUUAGGGAAAGCCGAAGAUCGAAGCCGAAGAAGAGACCGGCAGGAGAAACAGUACGUCCGCGAGUCGCUAUCGAUUCUGCAUCAGGAUCUCCUAUUGAAGCUGAGAGUGCGGCCAUGCAAGCCGAGGCUGCUUCUGAGCUUGCAGCUUCUGGAGCUGAAGGUCGCCAUGGCCCCGCUACACAAGGCCACCAAGCGCAGUCCCUCUCCAAGGUCUUCACCUCAGUACCUGAAAACCGUAUUCUUGUUCACGAGCUUUCCAUUGAUAAGGAGUAUCGCAUCGACGCAUCGCCGACUGCCGACUUGAGGGAUGCUUUGAACCGUGAGCUCUGCGAUGCUAUGCGCAGAGGGUUCCAAGACGGCGAUAGUACAAAUUGGACUGUUGCCAUGGCUGAGAACAUACGUGGAAAGUUGCUUCGUUUGUUGAAGGCUGGCAACUCUAUGCAUACUUUGAUCUCCGAGACGUUGGAUCCAGAACUGAUCGCAAAGCAAUGCAAUCAGGGGCUAUUCUCGUACGGGAAGUUCUUUGGUUUCAUCGCUAGCAUCCUUCCCAAACUCUGUGCUCCAUUUCGAGACGGGCAAGUCCAGGCUUUGGCCGAUGAGCUGCAAGAUGAAGGCGAGCUCUCGGAGAUGAUCGAGAAGCUUUUCAGGCUCCUGCACAUCAUCGACCUUCUGUCCUUGGACUACUCAAACUUCCUUCUGAUGAAUGCGGCACCGACACUGAUCAAGGAGGCUGCAGGCUACGAACAACGCAUUUUCACGCAGGAUCUUGAAGAAGGCAAAAUCACGCUCGACCGGGCACGACGGUGGUGGCGAAGUGCAGCUGUGAACAUACACACUGAAGCUGACCGACGGGAUCCUUGGAAUCAACCAAAUGCCAUCAACCGCCCCACAGUUCAUAAGAUUUAUGCACGUGGGCUCGUCGACCUGGCAAUAUCGACUCCACCACUCAGAGAUUCUGAGCUCCCAGAGACCCUCGAACUGGAUCGUGCGCGAAUUUCUCGGAUUCGCGAAGACGCAUUGCGCAUUACUACGAUUGGCGGCAUUCUGCUCACCGCAAAGAAUCUUCUCAAGCGCGAUGUACGCUCCCAAUGGAAAACAGAGGCGAACAGGAUGUGGGACGUUCUUAAGGAUGGCUACCUCAAAGACCCCGCAACGCCAUUGAAGAUCUCAUCUCUCCUAGAGUCCUCGCAUAACAUGCCUCCGUCGACCCGUGCUCAGCUUUCCUCGACAAUUUCCCGCCUCCUCACACAGGCCGAAUCAGGAAAGCUGUCAGAUCCUGUUCUCAAGGUCCUGUUCCAGCGCCUCAAGACGCACAUUUUCAACCGCGUGUCAGCUAGUAGUUCCGGUGAGCGCGUCAAAGCGGCCAGUACAGCGACCGAGGGUCUCGCUACCACGGGCCUUCCCGAGUUCGUGUCCCAGGUUGCAGACAUUUGCGAGCAGUUGGGCAAGGUCAGCGAGGUUGAUCGCAAGGCGCAUGGGAAGUGGUAUGAAGAGAUUGCCGAGGAGAUGGAAGGGUUGGGAAUGGAGGGUGAGGAGCUGACCAGGUCGUCCAGCCUUGAGUCGGGGUCUUCUUCGUGA